AUCGUUUAUGCUUCAUCUUAUCUGUGGUCAGCUGUAACUGUAACGUGUUUGUAAUGGCGGAUUGUGAUUGUUUGUAGAAUUUAACGUUUUAUAUUGAAGAAUAGUUGCUUGCUUGUUUGUCCUUGCGAUUUAUUUACUACAAUGUCUGAUACUAGUGAUCUCGACCGCCAAAUCGAGCAGCUUAAGCGCUGCGAGAUAAUAAUGGAAGCCGAGGUUAAAGCCCUUUGCGCAAAGGCGCGCGAAAUCCUAGUAGAAGAAAGCAACGUCCAGCGAGUGGAUUCCCCUGUAACAGUGUGUGGAGACAUUCAUGGUCAGUUUUAUGACCUGAAAGAAUUAUUUAAAGUAGGAGGAGAUGUUCCAGAGACCAAUUAUCUUUUUAUGGGGGACUUUGUGGACAGAGGGUUUUACUCUGUUGAAACUUUCUUACUAUUACUAGCACUGAAGGUGAGAUAUCCUGACCGCAUCACACUUAUCAGAGGGAACCAUGAGUCCAGACAGAUCACACAGGUGUAUGGGUUCUAUGAUGAAUGUUUGCGGAAAUAUGGAUCUAUUACAGUUUGGAGGUACUGCACAGAGAUAUUCGACUACCUAUCACUCUCGGCCAUCAUAGACGGGCGGAUAUUCUGCGUGCACGGCGGGCUUAGUCCGUCCAUUCAGACGCUGGACCAGAUCCGCACCAUCGACCGCAAGCAGGAGGUGCCGCACGACGGACCUAUGUGCGACCUGCUGUGGAGCGACCCUGAAGACACACAAGGCUGGGGCGUGUCGCCUCGCGGCGCAGGCUACCUGUUCGGGUCGGACGUGGUGGCGCAGUUCAACGUGUCCAACGACAUCGACAUGAUCUGCCGCGCGCACCAGCUCGUCAUGGAAGGCUACAAGUGGCACUUCAACGAGACCGUGCUCACCGUGUGGUCGGCGCCCAACUACUGCUACAGGUGCGGAAACGUAGCUGCUAUAUUAGAAUUGAACGAAAAUCUUCAGCGAGAGUUCACAAUAUUCGAAGCGGCGCCGCAAGAGUCCCGGGGCGUGCCGUCCAAGAAGCCCCAGGCCGACUACUUCUUAUAAUGUCGCUUACGAUAGAAAAUGAAACGACUCGGUCUAGUAUUACAGUUUUAUUGUAGUGACAAACAUUUAAUGUGGACAUAAUUUAAUUGUGAUUUUAAGACUGGUAAGUGUAGCAAAGCAGAAAACCAAGGAACAGGACACUAGUUGAGUACGGCAGACCAGUCCUUACGGCCACCCCACACUAG